AUGUUCAGCUCACUAGCUGACCCACUGCAGCCCGCCAUAGAAUUCACUCAGAAAGGUUUUCCUGUAUCACAACAUACCAGAUGGAGAAGGGAAACACCCAACAUCAAACUUGACACAUUCAGAGAAAUCCUCAAUGUGACCCCACCUAAGAUCACAGAUCUAAACUCCACACAGGAAAAUGAGCUUGCUCUGCGUGGGAGAGCUGGGUUCUGUGAGGGCAAGAUUGUAAAGGUGGUGGCUGGCGUGAUGAGCCUGGGUGACAUGAAGAACCACGUCACUGCUGAGAUCACACCAAUAUACACUGAUUACAAAGUAGUAAUAUUAUUAUUAUUUCCUCCCAACAGUCAGGGAAGUUCAGCACUUAUUGCCCUUGAUAUCCUUGAGAAUUUAUCUAUUAAAGAUCUGGGUCACAACAGAGCCAGCAACCUGCAUGUCCUGGUCGAGUCCCAUCUCAGCAUGACUGAUACUGUGCACUUCAGCACAGACCCUGACCUGGUGAAAGUGUCCCUGGAGGAACUUUUAUCCAAGGAUUAUGCUCACCAGUGAGCCCAGUUCAUUCAAAAGGACAGGUUGAGGACGAGUCAAUGUCCUAGCGAUCAGCAACAUCCCUCAGUCGUUUUUGCCAAUUUUGAAUCAGGGGCUUCUUUCAUACAUGCAGCCUUUAAGUUUAUGAACAGAGGAGCUCGUUUCUCUCUGGACGACUGUACUCAUGUUAAUUGUGUAGGCCCAGGAAAGAGGCCGUAUCACAUCAAAAUCCCUGCCAUGCCCACUGAGCCCUCAUCAAGCACCCUUCUGUGCUCAUUUGGUGUGAUGGGAGGGUCACCACAGCUGAUCAUUCUGGAGUUGCUCAAUAUGUUAGAGUUUUGCAUGAAUCCUCAACAAGCACUUGAUGUGUCCUCAUUGUUCAUUACGUUUGCUGUCUGUGCAGAACGACUGUGGCAGCUUCAUUUGGAAGCAGGUGUGGAACAAGGUGUGGCUAAAGAGCUGAAAAGGUGAGGUCAUGUGGUGAACUGGCCAAUAGAAAAGCACGACCGACGUUUUGUUAGGGGAGAAGUUAUAUGUGUAGGAACUUGUGCAGAGAGGGUACUGUGGGCUGGAUCUGAUCCUAAAGAGGAUGGAUGCAUGCUGGGAUUUUAG